CAUAUUGAAACUUUGCAUUCUCAUAUUACUACUAUUUGGCAAUUGAAUGAAAAAAUCUUAGGUUGAAUAUCUGGAAAAAAGGCUUAGCUAUUGAAAGUUAUGGUGUAGUGAUAGUUACAAGUGUGAGAACUAUCUGGGCAAAGAUCAACCACAGCUUGGUGAUGAGAUUUUUUUACUGUGUUUUGGCUAGAUAUUUUUCUGAUAACAAUGGAGUGAUGUCUUCUUCAAUUUUUCAGGCCAAUACUCCAACUUUUGCCUGUGCUAGCUGUUACAAACUGUAAAAAAUUUACAUGAUAUUCAGCAGGCUGAGCUUCUUUGUUGUAGCUUCAGUUACAGCUUUAGCUGUUUCUCAGAUUAACUUUACUGACUCUUCCAGGAAGACUAAAUCUUCAAAUAUCAAACACUCAGAGAAAAAUGGCACAAGCUUUAAACAGACUGAAGAAGAAGAAGAAGAAAAGAUUAAAGAUAACUUAUCGCAGGAUGAGAAAGCAGAGAAAGAAGAGGAGGUUGAAAGGGUCAUAUGGAAGGUGAAAACACAUAUUUUGAUGAAGGAAUUGGAGAAGAGGAAGAUGGUGCUUGAGAGAAAAUCGCUUGAGCUAUAUGGUCUAAAAGAACAGCAGGCAUACAUUGCUCAAAUGCAAGGGCAAUUAGAGGACAAGAUGACAGAGAUUAAUAUGCUUGGAGGAACUGCCAAUACAUUGUGCAGUGAGAUAAAGAAUCUUAGAGAAGAGAUGAAACAGAAUAUCUUGCCAAAGUUGCAGCUUGAGGGAGACAAAAAGAUGGUAGAGGAUUUCGAGAAGAAGAUGAAUGUCAAUGCAAGCCAGAUGAAGCCGCAGUUAGUGAUGCUUGAAGAACAAGUAUCAGAAUUUCAGUGCAACAAUGGAAACCAUAAAAACAAAGACAUAAUUGCGAAGAAGCUUAAAGCUGCUAAACGUACAAAGUUGGAAUAUGUGGAGAUGCAGAGGAUAAACAAAGAACUUGAGCUGGAAAAGAGGGAAUUGACAAUUAAAUUAGUUGGUGCUCAAGCCAGAAUUACUUCCCUUUCCAACAUGACACAGGAAAAAAUCUUGGGAAAGAUAGAGGAAGAGGUGAGAAUUUUGAGGCAUAACAAUGAAGACCUGUCGAAAGAAGUUGAAAAGCUGCAGAGAAACAAAUUUAACAUGGUUGAAGAACUGGUUUACCAGAAAUGGCUUAAUGCCUGUCUAAGGUUUGAAACACAGCAACAUCAAACAGCAUCAAGAAGGGCCUCUUGUGAUCUCAACACUUAUGCAACCCACAAGGCUGAAAAGGAAGCUAAACAACUGGUUUUAGACCUUAGUUUUGACAUGAGUUCUUCUCCCACUUCAUCUUCAAAUGAGAGCAAUGAAAUUGACAGUUCCACUAGUACUAAAAGCCCUUCAAGUUCAAACAGCCAGAGAAGCAUUAACAAUAAGAAAUCUGGUUUUGUGCAUAGCAUCAAAGCGUGGGGAAUAAGAAGAAGCAAGGAUGACUCGGGAAAUUGUCUAAUUCGCCGCCACUCUAUUUCAAUGGUUCCAUCAAACAGGCCUAAAAUGGUGCAAGACUCCACGGAGUCUCCGGAUAUGCUGAAUCUCCCACGUGUAAGCAGAGUUUCUUUUUGUGAUUCAGUUGAAAAUCUUAUUCCAGAUGCACCAAAAUCAGUUGAAGAAGUAACAGAUGACAAGGAAAUGUGCGCUGAGAAGUCUGAGCCAAGCUCAACAACUAUUGAUGCCAUUGCCAGCACCAUUGGUGAAGCAACUCUGGUCGGCUCUUCGAAUGUUUCAAGCUUGGAAUCCAUCAGAACGGAUAGCUUGAAUACAGAAAUUGGCAGGAGGAUUGAAAAGUCUAGUGAUUUUGGUGGUGAAAAUCAGGUUGACAAAAGCAUUGUUCACCUUGUAGCCGUAUUUCUCUUGUUUCUCUUCAUGCUGCUUGUUUAUUUAGUACUUGUUAAUGCUGGGAUUUAUUAAGCUUAAUAGAUGAUUAUCUGCUAAUCACACA